AUGCCUAGUACUCUAAUUACCAAGAUCCUUCACCUUGUCGCCCUCCUGGCCAUCGGUGCGCCCGCGUUCGCUCUGGACGCCGCCGUCGCCAACGACAAGCCCGCCCUCGAGGCUCGCGCGGAUGACCAGUUCGGCAAUAGUUUUUACCAGGGCGGUGGUGCUCGUGCCGGUCCCGGCGGUGCUUCCCACGGUGGCGCUCCUGGCGGUGCUUCUCCCGGUCGUGCUCCUGGCGGUGCUUCCCACGGUGGCGCUCCUGGCGGUGCUUCCCAUGGUGGCGCUCCUGGCGGCGCUCCUUCGGGUGCCGGUAGUCCAGGUGCUCACAUGCCGCCGUCUCGUACCAAUGGCUCCCCAGGCGCCCGCGCCACGCCUCAUGUACCCGAAUCUUUGGGCGCGUACGACCCUAAGAGAAUCUAUCGCCGUAAUAAUGGGAUGGGCGGCUCUCCUGGUGGCGCCCAGUCCGGCAUGCCCGGCAGCCCUGGCAGCCCCGGCAGCCCCCGCGGCUCCGGCAGCGGGAGAGCUUGUCGCGCACGCAGGCCCCAUGGCUCUGGAAACCUCCAGCAAAUGAAUAGCUUCCAGCGCUCCAACAGCUUCUCGGGAGCAUCGAGCCCUCGCGGACUCCAUCGCCGUGCUAUUGAGAUGGGCGGCUCUCCUGGUGGCGCCCAGUCCGGCAUGCCCGGCAGCCCUGGCAGCCCCGGCAGCCCCCGCGGCUCCGGCAGCGGGAGAGCUUGUCGCGCACGCAGGCCCCAUGGCUCUGGAGGCCUCCAGCAAAUGAAUAGCUUCCAGCGCUCCCAAAGCUUCUCGGGAGCUUCGAGCCCUGGCCGGAUUCAUCGUCGCAGUUUCGGGAUGGGCGUCUCUCCCGGCAGCCCCCGCUCCGGUAGCCCCUCUCGCCCCGGCAGCCUUCACCGUACAGGUGGCCUCCAGGGUGCGCCUAGCUUUGGUAUGCAACGCCGUGAUCUCGAGCCUCGCUCCCCCCCGGGAUCGGGAAGCAUGAAUGACGGCCCCGCCUCGAUCGACGGCAGCCCCGAUAGCCUCCGCUCCGGUGGCUCCCAGGGCGGUCCCGGUCUCCAAGGUGCGCGUGGCCCUGGUGGUAUGCAACCCCAGGGCGCUCCCGGUUCCCAGGGUGCGCCUAGCCCCGGUGGUAUGCAACGCCGUGAUUUCGCGCCUCGCUCCCCCCCGAGCGCGGGAAGCAUGAAUGACGGCCCCGCCUCGAUGGACGGCAGCCCCGAUAGCCUCCGCUCCGGUGGCUCCCAGGGCGCUCCUGGCCCCAAGGGCGCUCCCAGCCCCCAGGGUGCGCCUAGCCCCGGUGGUAUGCAACCCCGUGAUCUCGAGCGUCGCAUGAUGUCGGGUUCGGGGAACUCGCACGGCGGCUUCGGCUACGGUGGCUAUAGCCAGCAAAGCACUCAGGGCCACAAUCCCUUUGGUCACGGUGGCUAUAGCCAGCAAGGCACUCAGGGCCACAAUUCCUAUGGUUACGGUGGCUAUGGCCAGCAUGGCACUCAGGCCCACAAUCCCUAUGGUUCCAGCAAUCAUGGUUUCAAUGACUAUGGUAUCCCUAGCCACCAGAGCCCUGGCACUGGUUUUGGCCAUCAGAGCUCCGGUACCUAUGGUGACCAUGGUAUGACUGGCCAACAGGGCCAUGGCCCCAGUAACCGUAUGUUUGGCUCCCACAGCACCACUAGCUAUCGCCACCCGGGCGGCUCCAGUGCCUAUAACUCCGGUACCUAUGGUAGCUUUUCGUGA